ACUUUAACAUAUAACCAAAGCACAUUAUGUAAAUGUAUAACUACUUCAUAUAUCUUUAACUAUGACUGGUUUCAUGUGUUCAUCCAUGUCUGAAUCAGCUGUUACUGUCCUUGUUGCAGUUUCUGUCCAGACUGGUCUGAUCCGUCGAAGCUGAUCAAGUUCCUGAUGGAUCUCCUGUCUCAAGCAGCAGAGUGGGAGGAGCAGACAGGAGAGAAGACACUGAAGCUGGUAUCAUCAGUGUGGACUUACAGCACCUUUCAUUUGCCCAAUGGAGACUAUUCUAAACAGAGUGAUUUCUUGCUGGAUCUGUACUCAAAUGUGAAGGACUAUGAGACUCAAACAGGCAGGAGUGUCCUUCCAGCAUUACAGCCAGUUUACCAGUCAGCCAGUCCUGCAGUCUGGUCCAUAGACCUCAGAAAGAGAAAGGCCUCCCUCCUCCUAGAAGUGCUGAAACUCCAACCAGAGAAGAAACCAGUAGAGCUGAAGGGCUGGUCAGAUGAAGAGAGUGAAGUGAGGAGUUUCCUUCAGUGUCUGGCCCACAUCUCACAGCUGAGAUUUCCUCCACUGAAGGAUAAUAUAGAGAGGAGAAAGAGAGAGAAGACAUUCCUACUGAAUCUGUGUCUUCAAGCAGCUCUCCAUGAGAGAGGAACCAUACAAACAACUGUAGAGAAAGUGUUGUCACUGUCUAAAGUAUAUCACUAUCAGAAAUGUGAUUUCCUGCUGGAUCUGUACUCACAUGUGAAGGACUAUGAGACUCAAACAGGCAGGAGUGUCCUUCCAGCAUUACAGCCAGUUUACCAGUCAGCCAGUCCUGCAGUCUGGUCCAUAGACCUCUCAGAGAGAAAGGCCUCCCUCCUCCUAGAAGUGCUGAAACUCCAACCAGAGAAGAAACCAGUAGAGCUGAAGGGCUGGUCAGAUGAAGAGAGUGAAGUGAGGAGUUUCCUUCAGUGUCUGUCCUACAUCUCACAGCUGAGCUGUGAUGAUGACAGGUUCUUCCAGACUGUGUGUGAAUCCAUCCCUGUGAGGUCCAGAGAAGAGGACCAGCAGUUGGCCUCUCUCCUCCAGGCCUUGGGCUCCACCCUGUCACUGGGAGGAGAGUUACCCAGGAAAACCUGCAGGUCUGUGGUGAGUGUCCUGGGUCUCUGUGCCUCCAGAGUGGACCUCACUCUCAACCCCAGCAAGAUCUCUCUCAAAGGAGCCUUACUUCUUUUGAGACAUGAGUCAAAGCUCCACAAGCUCAGGCUGAGUGUGGGUAUGGCAGUGAAACUGUCCAGACUGGUUAGGAGGACAGGGAGAGGUGCUACUCCACUGACUGUCCCAGAACUCUCCCUGGUCCUAAAGAGCAGCCAGCCACCAGAGAGAGUGUUAUCCAGAGCUCUGAGUAGUGUGGCGACCCUGCUGAGACUCUGGAGGGUUCAGUGUCUGGACCUGACUAACUUCCAGAUCCAGGGUCACUCUCUCAUCACACUGCUGUGUCACCAGGGACCUCUCUCUCUCAGACUGAACUCAGACACUCUGCAGCAGCUGACAGUCGUUGUGUAUGAAGCUCAGGACAAGGACUUGACUCAGUGGUUCCUGGAGAAGGUUGGUGGAGACCUGACCUCCUGCAGGCUGGACUGGGAAGUGCUUCUCUCUCUGCUGCAGCAUUCAACCCACAACAUCACUGUGGACCUCAGGAAGAACAGGCUUCUAGAGAAGAACAUCUCAGAUCUUCUCCCCUUUCUGGGAAGGGUUACUCUCAAGAGUUCCAGCUUUGUAAAGUCCUCCAUCAGACACAUCUAUGACAGUAGAGACAGUGACUGUGUGUCCAGUUUGUUGAGGUCUUCAGACCAUUGGAUCAACCUGAACAGCAGAGAGCUGGACAGAGUGGACUGUACUGCUCUGUGUUUUACCCUGCAGCACAGCCACCAAGUCAAAGUCAACCUGCUGUGGACCUCUGUACCACCGGGGGAGAUAGAGAGCAUCCUGCCUCUUCUGGACAGAGUCUCCCAACUCAGUGUUGACAGGAUGUUACUGUUGAGUUUCCUCCAGUGCUGUGCUAUCUCUCAGAUCCAGCAGGGGGCACCAUCAUCACCACCAACAGCAGUAUGGCUGCUCAGGUCUCUGCACUACAGGCUGGACUUGUCCUGCUCCUCUUCUGUGGACCUGUCAGCUCAGGACCAGGAGAAGGCUCUGUGUCUGACCACUGACCACUGCAGGGCCAUCAACUCUGUUCUGAAGCAGAACCAACACAGCACCCAGCUGGUCCAGAACCAGGUCCAGCUCAUCCUAAGAGACUGUGAGGUGGAGGACAGAGCACUGAGGGAGCUGCUUCCCAUCCUGCAUAUUGUCAAGCUGAGCCCCAGCAAAGCUCUGCUACUUCAGCUGCUGGACCUUGUGUCUGAGGGGAUUGAAGAGGGGCUGCUGAGGCACACAGAGUUCCUGUGCAGAGCCCUGGAUGGGGAGCUGGACCUCAGUGAGACCAGGCUGGACCAGAAGGCCUGUGGAUCUCUGGCCCUGGUUCUGGAACACUCAGAGGGUCUAUCAGAACUGGACCUCAGCCACUGUCAACUCACAGACCACCACGUACAGCCCCUGAUCACACACCUGCAUAAAGUACAAGUCCUGGACCUGAGUCACAAUGACAUCACUGAUGCUCUGACUGACAGAAUACUCCAACUGGUCUCUACCAACACUUCAAUACACACCAUACGACUCUUCAACAACAGAAUCCAGGACAGAAGACCCUUCCUGACAGACAAGAGGUUUAACAUCUGGUGAAACAACAUCAGGUCUUAGUCCAGGAAGAGAAGGCUGAAUCCAGGACAGAAGACCCUUCCUGACAGACAAGAGGUUUAACAUCUGGUGUAACAACAUCAGGUCUUAGUCCAGGAAGAGAAGGCUGAAUCCAGGACAGAAGACCCUUCCUGACAGACAAGAGGUUUGACAUCUGGUGUAACGACAUCAGGUCUUAGUCCAGGAAGAGAAGGCUGAAUCCAGGACAGAAGACCCUUCCUGACAGACAAGAGGUUUAACAUCUGGUGAAACAACAUCAGGUCUUAGUUCAGAACCGGUUGUUACAGCUGGAACAGUCCGAUCAUGUUUAAUCUGCUGUGUUAUCAACAGAACCGGUUGUUACAGCUGGAACAGUCCGAUCAUGUUUAAUCUGCUGUGUUAUCAACAGAACCGGUUGUUACAGCUGGAACAGUCCGAUCAUGUUUAAUCUGCUGUGUUAUCAACAGAACCGGUUGUUACAGCUGGAACAGUCCGAUCAUGUUUAAUCUGCUGUGUAUCAACAGAACCGGUUGUUACAGCUGGAACAGUCCGAUCAUGUUUAAUCUGCUGUGUUAUCAACAGAACCGGUUGUUACAGCUGGAACAGUCCGAUCAUGUUUAAUCUGCUGUGUAUCAACAGAACCGGUUGUUACAGCUGGAACAGUCCAAUCAUGUUUAAUCUGCUGUGUUAUCAACAGAACCGGUUGUUACAGCUGGAACAGUCCAAUCAUGUUUAAUCUGCUGUGUUAUCAACAGAACCGGUUGUUACAGCUGGAACAGUCCAAUCAUGUUUAAUCUGCUGUGUAUCAACAGAACCGGUUGUUACAGCUGGAACAGUCCAAUCAUGUUUAAUCUGCAGUCAACAGACUCAUUAAAGAGAUUCUCUGCUACUUUUUGUGUACGUUUUAGCCAGUAGUGCUGAUAGUAACACUCACAAGCCAAAAGUGAUCCCCGAAAAUGUUCUACUACAUCACAUACAGUGGGGAGAACAAGUAUUUGAAACACUGACGAUUUUGCAGGUUUUCCUACUUACAAAGCAUGUAGAGGUCUGUAAUUUUUAUCAUAGGUACAC